AUUCAAAGUGGCGAGUAUGAACAUGCCUUUAUCGAUGAGUACUGUAUUGGGUCCAAACCAACUGAGCACAAGAUAAUACUAGAGCUUGUUCGUGGAUUACCAGGUUAUGUAUGGAUUAGCUCUGUGUUCAACUACCAACCAGAAGCGAAGAAAGUGAAAGCAAAUACUCAGCCACUUUUAACAGCGCUGCAUGAAAAUGGUGGAGAGGUUCGCCAUAUCACUCAAGUCACGAGAGCCACGAACAGUAUCAUUGAGCUUGAAAGAGAUUACAGUAAAUUGUAUGCAGAUCGAUCUUACCCUUAUGGAACUGAACGGAUCCUUGGCCACUCUUACAAAGGGUUACCUGUCACCUGGGCUGUUGAAGAAAACGUGAGCGAGAUGUACGACAAAUGUGUGGAUAGUGUUUACAGAGCCAUAACUCAUGUCACCCCCCCGGAUAUACUUAAAAGAGAUAAGAUUACUCUAGACCCUGCAGAUGUCCUCAUUGUGGAUUUCGCUAUUCGGAUGGAUGAGUCACGUCAGCUGGAGCAGUCACUGAUGGAUCGCUUAACCAACCGUCAUGUUCCUGUUUGGACAUUUGAUGAAAGUCGAGACAAAACGGGGAAAGUGACUCUACUGCAGUCUGUCACACAUAGUGCCUCCAAAUUCGUAGACGGUGUUGAAUGGUCAAUGGUCGUGGUUAUUCUGCCUUCUGGCAUGGUGCUGAAGACAGCAAAGCUGGCAGAUGGAGCAGAGAAGCUCAGGAAUUACGAUCCCUAUAUAUCCUUCUUUCGUACGAUGGUGAAGUUGGUCGUAAUCUCAGAUAAGUGGACAAAUAAGAAGGAGUUUUUGAGUGAUGUCAAAGAACAUAUAUAA